UUCAGUCAGCUGUCAAGACCAAUCUAACCUCACAAUUACAAGGAAAAAGUCCAAAAUGAAAAGUAUUUUUAAAAAUGUAUAGAUUUUUAAAUACAGUACGUUUACCUUUAAGUUAUAUUCUACGAAAUGGGCUUAGUUCAAACAGUGUAAUACGAAAUGUAACAGAGGACACGUUAAAAUGUUACCCAAGAGUCAAAUCUUCGUCAUUUCGUCCCAUAACACCUAAGAAAUUAAGAAUUAUCCAACAAGAAUAUGCCGCUGUUUGCUCCCUGUUACAUCGAUCAGGGUUGAGAGAUAUUACACAACUCCAUCCUUUUCUUGGAGCUGUGAGAUCGUUCCAUACAACAAAUAAAAAUGCCCAAGGCGAUCCUUUAAAGCCGGACCCUGACAGACCGGAUAGAGAUGAUGAUAAGGAUAAGUUAUCCGCUUUAAUUGCCAAGGCCUUGAUGUGGAUGCUGUCAGCAUACAUGCUUAUUGCCCUGAUUUCAUUGAUGUUUCCCAGUAGUAAUCAGCCAGAGACAAUGAGAUAUGUAUCUUGGAGUGAAUUUUGUUAUCAAAUGUUGGCAAAAGGAGAGGUACAACAGAUUAUUGUUAAACCUGAUGUCGAUUUAGUAACAAUUAUUCUACAUCCAGGGGCUAUAAUUAAAGGAAAAAGGGUGGACACUCAGGUUUUCCAUAUGAACGUUGUGGAUAUAGAAAAGUUCGAAGACAAAUUAAGAGAGGCUGAAAGAAGAUUUGGUAUAACCGAUGGGGUACCGGUUACGUAUGAAAGAAGCACAGACUCUGCUGGGAAGUUACUGAUUUCAUUACUUGUCGUGGGCUUGCUUCUUUCCAUCCUGGCAAGAAGUAAAAGUAUCCGACCUCCACUGGGUAUGGAUAUUUUUACACAAAUGGGUAGAGCAAAGUUUACUCUAGUUGAUCCACUAAUGGGGCAAGGAAAAGGUGUACAUUUUAGUGACGUAGCCGGCUUAAGAGAGGCUAAAUUAGAGAUAAAAGAAUUUGUUGAUUAUCUUAAAAGACCAGAACAUUACAAGGCUUUAGGUGCUAAAGUUCCCAAAGGAGCCUUAUUGUUGGGUCCUCCUGGUUGUGGAAAGACUCUGUUAGCCAAAGCUGUAGCUACUGAGGCUAAUGUACCGUUUCUGUCAAUGAAUGGUUCAGAAUUUAUUGAAAUGAUUGGAGGUCUUGGAGCUGCUAGAGUGAGGGAUUUAUUUAAUGAAGCUAGAAAACGGGCACCCUGUAUAAUAUACAUUGACGAAAUCGACGCUGUUGGCAGGAAAAGAAGUGGAUCUUUAGGCAAUACAGGCACAACAGGGGAGAGUGAACAAACUUUGAAUCAAUUAUUAGUAGAGAUGGAUGGGAUGGCCAGUAAAGAAAAUGUUAUAAUGCUGGCAUCCACUAACAGAGCGGAUAUUCUAGAUAAAGCUUUGCUUAGGCCUGGAAGAUUUGAUCGGCAUAUUUUGAUUGAUUAUCCUGAUCUGACUGAAAGGAAGGAGAUUUUUGAAUAUCACUUGAAAAGUAUAAGGCUAGAGAAUCCUCCUUCAAAGUUUUCAAAGAGGUUAGCUUAUUUGACACCUGGAUUUAGUGGAGCUGACAUAGCUAAUGUCUGUAAUGAAGCGGCACUGCAUGCCGCCAGAUCUAAACAACAUAAAGUCACAGGAGCGGAUUUAGAAUAUGCUGUAGAAAGGCUUGUAGGUGGAACAGAAAAAAGGUCACAUUCGAUGUCACCUCAAGAAAAACGCGUGGUUGCCUAUCAUGAGUCUGGUCAUGCUUUAGUUGGGUGGAUGCUUGAGCAUACUGAUGCUCUUCUGAAAGUGACCAUCGUGCCUAGGACUAGUUUGGCGCUUGGUUUCGCCCAGUAUAUACCAAAAGACCAAAAACUUCACACUAAGGAAGAGCUCUUUGACAGGAUGUGUAUGACAUUGGGAGGCAGGGUUGCCGAAUCGCUCACGUUCAACAGAAUUACCACUGGUGCUCAGAAUGACUUGGAAAAAGUAACCAAAAUGGCGUAUGCCAACGUAAAAGAGUUCGGCAAUAACGACACAGUUGGUUUGGUCAGUUUUCCUGAGGAAGAAUCCAAAGAAUUAGGGAGAAGACCUUACAGUAAAAAACUUGCAAAUCUGAUUGAUUUAGAAACACGAAAAUUAGUGACAAAGGCUUAUCAAAGGACUGAGGAAGUGUUGAAGGAACACAAAGAUAAGUUGGCGCUGCUUGCAGAGAACCUGAUAAAGAAAGAAACGUUGAAUUAUGAUGAUGUAGAGCAACUAUUGGGUCCACCACCUUAUGGAGCUAAAAAACUGAUCGAUCCUGCUGAAUUUGAAGAAACUAUUAGGAAAGAAGGGGCAGUUUCGACUGAAGAGAACAAUAGCUUCAAGCAAAAUGCGUGAUUCGAUUCUUUUUUAAAUUGUAGAUAUUUAUUAUUAAAUAAAUUAUAAA